AUGUCGAAUGUCUACUUCCCUUACUCCAAGGCCCCUUUGAGGACCAUAGCGGAGAUACAGUUCGGCCUCUUCUCCCCCGAGGAGAUAAAGCGCAUGAGCGUGGUCCAUGUCGAAUAUCCAGAGACCAUGGACGACCAAAGGCAGCGCCCACGUACCAAAGGUCUCAAUGAUCCUCGUUUAGGGACGAUCGACCGACAGUGGAACUGCGAAACAUGUGAAGAAGGUCAAAAGGAAUGCCCUGGACAUUUCGGACAUAUCGAGCUUGCGACUCCGGUCUUCCAUAUCGGUUUCUUGACACGGAUCAAGAAGUUGCUUGAGACGGUCUGCCACAACUGUGGAAAGAUCAAAGCCAACGCGUCCGAUCCGAAGUUUCUAGAGGCCCUGCGGAUUCGGGAUCCAAAGCGCCGAUUUGACCACAUCUGGCGACUCUCGAAGGAUAUCUUGAUUUGCGAAGCCGACCCACCUGCGGAAGACGACGAGUACCAAAAAGAAAGCUCGAAGCCUCAGCGAUCCCACGGCGGAUGCGGCAAUGCGCAGCCCACGGUUCGAAAGGAAGGGAUUACGCUCGUUGGAACAUGGAAGCCAUCGAAGAGCAUGAUGGAUGAGAUGGACAUGCAGCAGCCGGAGAAGAAGACAAUCACGCCGCAAAUUGCGCUGAAUGUUUUCCGCAACAUCUCCCACGAAGAUGUUCGCAUCAUGGGAUUGAGUAACGACUAUGCGCGUCCCGAGUGGAUGAUUCUUACAGUUUUGCCCGUUCCGCCUCCUCCUGUUCGUCCAAGUGUGGUUGUCGGUGGGAGCACCUCUGGGCAGCGUGGUGAAGACGAUCUGACCUAUAAACUGGCUGAAAUCGUCCGAGCAAACCAAAAUGUUCAGCGGUGCGAGCAGGAAGGCGCCCCAGAGCACGUCGUACGCGAGUUCGAGUCUCUGCUACAAUACCACAUUGCUACUUACAUGGAUAAUGAUAUCGCUGGCCAGCCAAAGGCUAUGCAAAAGUCGAACAGACCUGUCAAAGCUAUUCGAAGCCGCUUGAAGGGUAAGGAGGGUCGUCUACGACAAAAUCUGAUGGGAAAGCGUGUAGACUUCUCUGCUCGUACCGUGAUUACUGGUGAUCCGAACUUGUCCCUCGACGAAGUCGGUGUUCCCAAGAGUAUUGCCAGGACACUGACCUACCCCGAGGUCGUCACCCCUUAUAACAUUGAGAAACUGCAGCAGCUUGUCAUGAACGGUCCGACCGAACAUCCUGGAGCACGGUAUAUUGUCCGGGAUAAUGGCGAGCGCAUCGAUCUUCGGCACGCAAAGCGCGCGGGCGGGCAUUCACUUCUAUAUGGCUGGAAGGUCGAACGCCACAUCAUGGAUGGAGACGUGAUUCUGUUCAACCGACAGCCCUCUCUUCACAAAGAAUCUAUGAUGGGUCAUCGUGUUCGCGUUAUGCCUUACUCGACGUUCAGACUGAAUUUGUCAGUCACUAGUCCAUACAACGCCGACUUCGACGGCGACGAAAUGAACUUGCACGUUCCCCAAAGCGAAGAAUCACGCGCUGAACUUCUACAACUUGCGCUAGUGCCGCAGAACAUCGUGUCUCCUCAGCGGAAUGGUCCUCUGAUGGGUAUCGUCCAAGAUACUCUUUGCGGCAUCUACAAGAUUUGUCGCCGUGAUGUCUUUCUGACCAAAGAGCAAGUGAUGAACAUUAUGAUGUGGGUCCCUGACUGGGAUGGUGUGAUUCCUCAGCCUGCGAUUGUCAAACCUAGACCCAGGUGGACGGGAAAGCAGAUGAUCAGCAUGGUGUUCCCAUCUGGUCUCAAUCUGAUGCGCACUGACUCUAAAGGCGCAGCACCUUCUUCUGAGAAAUACUCUCCUCUUAAGGAUGGAAACGUCCUCAUUCAUGAGGGUCAGUUGAUGUAUGGAAUGCUCAACAAGAAGAUCGUGGGUGCGAGUGGUGGUGGUGUGAUCCACAUUAUCUUCAAUGAGUACGGGGCGGAUGCUGCUGUAGCAUUUUUCAACGGCGCGCAGGCUAUUGUCAACUACUGGUUGCUGCACAAUGGUUUCAGUAUCGGUAUUGGUGAUACCAUCCCUAACGAUGAGACUAUCCAAGCCAUUGAGGACUGUGUGCGCAAGCGAAAGGAGGAAGUCGAGGAAAUUACUGCCAUUGCGACCCAAAACAAACUCGAGCCUCUUCCAGGUAUGAACGUGCGAGAAACGUUCGAGAGUAAGGUCUCCGUCGCCCUCAAUACAGCUCGUGAUGAAGCCGGUACUGCCACCGAGAAUAGUUUGAAGGAUCUGAACAACGCUGUGCAAAUGUCGCGUUCUGGAUCGAAGGGAUCAAUUAUCAACAUCUCGCAAAUGACCGCUGUCGUCGGCCAGCAAAUGGUAGAAGGUAAACGUAUCGCUUUCGGCUUCAAAUACCGCACCCUUCCUCAUUUCACAAAAGACGACUACUCCCCAGAAUCUAGGGGAUUCGUUGAGAACUCUUAUCUUCGUGGCUUGACUCCAACUGAAUUCUUUUUCCACGCUAUGGCUGGUCGUGAGGGUCUGAUUGAUACUGCGGUCAAGACUGCUGAAACCGGUUAUAUUCAGCGUAAGCUGGUCAAGGCUCUGGAAGAAGUCAUGGUCAAAUAUGACGGCACUGUCCGAAACUCCCUCGGUGACAUUAUUCAGUUUAUCUACGGAGAAGACGGUCUCGACGGCGCACAUAUCGAGCACCAGAAACUUGAUAUUCUCACAUGUUCCGAUGCGAAAUUCAAGGAGCGGUUCCGUAUUGACCUCAUGGAUCCUGCUCUUAGUCUUGGCUCCGACGUGCUGGAGCAAGCUAAUGAGAUUGCUGGAGACGUUGAAGUCCAAAGGUAUCUGGAUGAGGAGUGGGAAGAGCUCCUGAAGGCUCGGGACGUUGUUCGUCAUGUUGCAAAGGGCACAGAGGAGUCGAUGCCACUCCCCAUCAACAUUCAGCGAAUCCUGGAAAUGGCCCGGACCACUUUCAGGAUUCGCGAAGGGACGAUUAGCGAUUUGCAUCCCGCGGAAGUCAUUCCUCAGGUGCAAUCUCUCCUUAACAGGCUGAUGAUCGUCCGUGGUGAUGACCCGAUCUCACAAGAGGCUCAGGAGAGCGCGACUAUGCUAUUCAAGGCACAGCUACGCAGUCGUCUUGCGUUCAAGAGACUGGUAACUCAGUAUUCUAUGAACAAACUCGCUUUCCAGCACGUGCUUGGAGCCAUCGAAUCUCGGUUUGCUAAGGCGACCGCGGCUCCCGGUGAGAUGGUGGGUGUCUUGGCUGCUCAGUCCAUUGGUGAACCGGCCACACAAAUGACACUGAACACCUUCCACUUUGCUGGUGUUUCGUCUAAGAACGUCACGCUUGGUGUACCCCGUCUUAAGGAAAUCUUGAACGUUGCAACCAACAUCAAGACUCCAUCCAUGACGGUAUACCAGGAGGCUUCAAGGGCUCAUGACAAGGAAGGAGCAAAGCAACUUCGAAGCGCAGUUGAAUACACAAACUUGCGGUCUAUCACUGAGGCAACGGAGAUUUACUAUGAUCCGGACAUUCAAACAACGGUCAUUGAGAAUGAUCGCGACAUGGUUGAGUCAUAUUUCAUCAUUCCGGAGGACGUUACCGACGAUUCUUCUCGUCAGUCUAAGUGGUUGCUCCGUAUCAUCUUGAGUCGUGCCAAGCUUCUGGAUAAGGGUCUUACUGUGCAGGACGUUGCCACCAAGAUCAAGCAGGCCUAUCCUAAGGAUAUCGCUGUCAUCUUCAGUGACAACAACGCAGACGAGCAGGUCAUUCGUAUCCGUCAGAUUCAGGACUACAAGGAAGACGAGGAUGAUGAUGAUAUCGAGUACGAUGUAACGUUGAAGAAACUCGAGCAACACCUUCUCGACACACUAAACCUUCGUGGUGUCCAAGGUGUUGAACGUGCGUUCAUCAACGAGAAGAAGAAGAUUAGGGUAAAGGAAGACGGAUCUUUGACGGAUGAAUCGUCUGACCCAUUGUGCAAAGAGUGGAUUCUUGAAACAAGCGGUUCCUCCCUUGCGGAGGUUUUGGCAAUUCCAGGAGUCGAUGCUACUCGCACUUACUCGAAUCAGUUCAUCGAGGUUUUCGAAGUGUUUGGCAUUGAAGCUGCGCGAUCCGCGGUUCUCCGCGAGUUCACGGCAGUGCUGUCCUUCGAUGGAUCCUACGUCAACCAUCGUCACUUGGCCCUUUUGGUCGACGUGAUGACCAUGCGAGGUUAUCUGACCCCAGUCACCCGUCAUGGUAUCAACCGUGCCGACAAUGGUGCGCUUAUGCGUUGCUCGUUUGAGGAAACUGUUGAGAUUCUUCUCGAAGCCGCCGCUUUUGGGGAACUUGACGACUGCCGUGGAGUGUCAGAAAACUUGAUUCUUGGACAGAUGGCGCCGGCUGGUACCGGAGAAUUCGAUGUCUACCUUGAUCAGAACAUGCUGAACACUGUUGUAUCGAACAACGCUCGCUAUGGAGUCAUGGGAGCAUUAGGAGCGAAAGAUGCGAUCAUCAAUGACGGCGCCGCGACGCAGUAUGAUACUGGUUCGCCUAUGCAGGAAAGCGCCUACAUUGGUACCCCUGACCCCGACUCGAACUUCUCCCCCAUCCGUCAGGCGGGCGCUGAAACUCCUGGCGGGUUCACCGAAUACCAGCCCUCUAGCGCUUUUGGUGGUGGGUUCAGCCCUGCCGCCACCAGUCCAGCGGGCUACUCUCCCAGCAGUCCCUUCAGUGCCAACCCUACAUCGCCUGGCUACUCUCCAACCUCCAGCUACUCGCCCACAUCUCCCGGCAUGGGUAUCACAAGCCCGCGGUUUAUGACAUCCCCAGGAUUUUCUCCGGCCAGUCCGUCCUUUGCCCCAACAUCACCGGCGUAUUCGCCCACAUCGCCAGCGUAUGGGCAGGCCUCGCCGACGUCGCCCUCGUACUCUCCAACCUCGCCUGGUUUCUCACCCACGUCGCCGAACUACAGCCCCACGUCGCCCAGCUUCAGUCCGGCUUCACCUGCGUUUAGCCCAACGUCACCAAGUUACAGCCCUACCAGCCCUGCUAUCGGUGGUGCUCGGCACUUGUCUCCAACCUCGCCUACUUCUCCGAAGUAUACACCUACGUCUCCUGGGUGGUCACCCACAAGCCCUCAGACGUAUUCUCCCACUUCUCCCAACUUCUCCGGCUCGCCGACUUCUCCCGGUGGUCCCACGUCCCCUGGUUACAGCCCGACGUCGCCGGCGUUUAGCCCUACAUCACCCCGUCAGUGA